UAUUUCCCACUCGACAGUUGGCCGGAUUGCAGUCGAUCUAUCAGUGCGCUCCGUUUACCAAUUAAGGAAAAAGGUUUGCCACCGCUAUUCAUCAUGUCUGAGGCCACCACCAAUGGACACAAUGAGGUGCCAGCCAAUAAUCUUCCAUCUUGGCUGUCGAAAAUCUCUCUGGAGAAGGCUGUUCAGGCCCAGAUCGGAGACUUUGAGAAAAUCAUCUCGGUAAUCCCACAAAAGGGCAGCAGUGAUGGCGAUAAUUAUUCUACACAGUUCCUUCGUUUGCUGGUGGAAGUGGAACUGAUUGACCACAGCACCAAGGAUCUUUCCUUCGUUCUGAAGGCACAGCACAGCAACGAAAUGAUGGCCGCCAUAUUGGCCAAGUUGAAGCUCUUCCAAAAGGAGGAACAGAUGUACCAUAGCAUUCUGCCCAAAUUCGAGAAGCUUUACGCGGAUGCCGGCAAACCCAUUCAGUUCGCGCCCAAAGCCUUCAAGUUCGAUCGUGACCUCGGAGUGGACUACAUUCUGCUUGAGGACCUACAUCGCAAGAACUUCAAAAACGCCAAUCGCCUGGCCGGUCUGGAUCUCGAUCACAUGCAUAAGGUUCUCGAGAAACUGGCCGCCUUCCAUGCGGCAUCCGCCUGCUACGUGGAGCACCACGGUCUCUUUGGCGAGGAGUUCACCGUUGGCGUUUUCAGCGAGUCCAAUCGCCAGCUUCUUCAGGAGUUCAAUGCAUCUGGUGCAUUUCUGGCUCAGCUCAAGAAGUGGAAGAAUGCGCAGAAAAUUUAUGAAAAGCUGGCUGACAGCGAUGACUACUUGGUGGAUCGUCUGCUGCAGGAUCAGCAAUACAAUACCAGAGAAUUCAACGUGCUCAACCAUGGAGACUGCUGGGCCAAUAAUGUGAUGUACCAACAUGAUGCAUUUGGAACUAUUAAGGAGACCCUUUUCGUUGACUUUCAAGUGGGAAAAUACGGAAGUCCGGCCAAUGAUCUGUACUACUUAAUAUUGUCAUCGGCUGCUCCAGAGCUGAAGACUGCCAAGUUUGACUACUUGGUGCGCUACUAUUUUGAUAAUCUUAUUGAGAAUCUAAAGCUUCUGCAAUACCACCGACCACUGCCCAAGUUGAAGAACCUGCAUGCUUCCCUUUUUCGCAACGGUUUGGCUGCUUAUAUGGUGGUCUCCAAGGUGUUGCCCGUCGUCAUGCUGGACAAGACAGCCGAUGCUAAUCUGGAAAGCUAUAUAAGUGACGAGUCCAAAAUGAAGAACGCUAUGUUCACCAACCCGAAGUAUGUCCAGGUGAUGACGGAGGUGCUGCCAUGGUUGGACAACCGCGGCCUGCUCGACUUGAAGUGAUUACCGUCCCAAAGUUGUGGAGUAAUGAUGGAUUCACACUUUAAUAAUGACUAUUUAAUUGUGUGAUCUACAAAUGGCGCAUAAAGUCAAAUAAAAAGAUAAUUAUAUUCU